AUGGCUCUGUAUGGGCCGCUUACCCAAUUCUCAGCUGUCCAACUGAAUUCUGUGGUCCUGUUCUCCUUUCUACUGGCUUUUAUCGCUGAUCCAUCUGAUGUUGAUAGCCAUGGUCAUACAGCUAUGUUUUACAGCGUAAAAGAAGCAUCCUUAAUAGGUAACGUUACUGUGGUAAAACAGACAACUAGUGAUGUGGAAUGUGCUUUUUUAUGUUUGCGGAUGUAUCCAGGCAGCUGCUUUUCUUUUAACUUUGGUCGGACAGUAACUCUCACUAAACUACAUGAUUGUGAGCUAAGCAACUCCGAAGGAGCUUUAAAGCCACAUAAGAUGUACAGCAGGAGAGGAUUUGAUUAUUUUGGUAUGGAAAGCGUGGUAAGUUUUAACAGAAAUCGGUAUAUCAAAGCCAUCCCCCUAGUUCUCUUCUGCUACUUUUUUAACCAAGUUAAUGAGAUAAUUAACUGCUCUUCAUCCUCCAAUUUUGUUAUCAGGCAAGCAUUACUUUCAAUUUUACCGAACUUAUCGAUUCUGAGAACAAUUGUCACUCGUUUCAAAUGCUUUCUUCUCGUCUUUGACUUCUUUUUAACUCUAUAACUGGCAGGAAAACCAACUUGCAAUGGUGAUAAGGCAACUCAGUCUUUCUUGUAACUCUCUUUCAGUGAGCCAAUCCCGUUUUUUUAUAACAUCUUGGGAAAAGCAAAUUAGUUCAAAUUAUUCAUAGUGGAAAAUUUGAAAAAAUGGUGAUAAACUAACAAUGUUUACAUGGGUUUGUUCGAAUUAUUGGGAAUUUCGAAAACCUGCGAGGAUUCGAGAAAUCGGGGGUCUACUGUACAACAUCUUUCUAUAUCUUUAUAAAAAUAUGAUAAAAAUAGUUUAUUUAUUGAUAUUUUGUCAUCAUUACUAUAAUUUCAAUUCACUGAGUUUUGAACUCUCGGGUUUUAGGAUAAAAGAUUUUAGAAUUUUUUACUUAGAUAUGUAUGAUAAAGAAGACAUACAUCAACGACCCUGUUAAGAAUUUAUUAGGAUAAACCGUAGAACUGAUACUUCUGUCCGUUGAAAUUUCUGUAUUAAAGUUCCUGUCUUCUUAGUAUCUUGCCAGAUAUUUUCCUUGCUUGUCAUCCCCAUGUCAAAAUGGUGGAUCAUGCGUGAACGGCCCCGCCUUGAAAGAGUUUUCAUGCACUUGUCCUCUGAAAAUUCAAGCCAUGCCUUACAUUGACAACAAGUGCAAUAUUAGUAAGUUUUAGAGACAUCUUUAAAUGCUUUUGUUGUUGUUGUUGAUGUUGUAUCCCCCGCCCCCGACCUUAAUUUCUUGGUGAUUGCAUGUUAUGAUGGCUCAUCCCUACAGUGUAUCGAUCGUAUAUAGAGUGCUGAGCGCUCCACAAAAUUUUGCGAGAAAAUGAAACCCUCUACGUUCGUUCAUUCCUUUAAAUUGCAGUGUUAACUUGCGGGUGUCUUUCAAGCGGGGUGUGACUGGAAUUCUUCCUUUAUUAAUGAAUACUUUCUGCUUAAUUCUAAAUUAAUAAUCAUCGUCAGUUCUAAGUAACGAAAGAAAUACAAGUAACAUUAAUAUGUACGACAAUUUUAAUUCAAAAAAUCAAGUUAUUCUUUGCGGUUUCUAGAUCGUUCCCUUAUAACAACUGAAGCACAUUUCCAUAGUCUUUUCCAUGCAAAAGUGGGUCGAUAUAAGUUAAACUAUUUCGAGGCUGAAAGACUCUGUGAAAUACUUGGUGCUUCGUUAGCCUCUUGGGGUCAACUGACUGUUGCAUGGCAAGGUGGACUUCAACUUUGCCAGUAAGUACAAUCAUUUUUUAGUUUUACAAAUUUAAGCAACGUCUUCUAAUGUCAUCUUAGGGAGCUCCGAAAGGUCAGAAGUGACUAAGUAGUUUGGAUGAGGCUAAGUAUGAUAUUUAACAAUUAUUGAAUGAGGCUUAAGGGUAUGGUAUAACGAAUUAUGCAGAUCGAGGAAAUUUAAUGCAGUUAUCGGCCGAGUGCCAUCCUCGUAAAACACAGUACAGGACAGUGAUGCCUGCGUACGAGGCUAGUACCCAUCUGUAAUAUUCAGUCUAAAUGUUGUCUUUUAUUGUUUCAUGCCUUAUUUUAUCUGCUUCUUGCACUUCUGGAUGCUUGCGGAUACUUGUACGUUUCUUUUUGCUCAAGAUUUUUUGUUUCUUGAGACUCCAUCAGACAUAUUCCGUCACUCUGGAUUUCCCUCCUUUUAUGACUAAUAGUGCACAUUUGUUGUCCCAAACUCCAUUCCAGUUAUUACUAUUAUUAUUAUCAUGAUUAUCAUUAUUUAUUAUCACAUAUAAUUAUAUGAAACAAGACAAAAAUAUAAAUUGACAAAUAAUUAGCAAUUAUUGGACGAGGCUGAGCAAAUAUCGUGAUUUGUCAGUGGCAAGCAGAUCAAUUGAUCUGCGAGACACUGACAAAUCACGAUAUUUUGCGAUAACCGAGUUCAAUAAUUGUUUUAUCAUUCGAUCACCGAGUGUUUCUUUUAAUGGAUAUCCUCGGGAAGCGAAGUGAUCUACCAUUUUCACGCAAGAGGGAUCGCAAGAAGGAGAAAACCACGGUUUCCUUUACGCAUGUGUAGAAAAUUAUUUGCAGCCAAACACAGUUGGACGGCAUUGCGAAUGAGCACACCAUUAUUUGUAGGCAGUUGUUUGCAGGUCACGUGGUGGGCUCUCGGCCAAUGAAAAGGAAGAAACAUUUGCAUCGAAUGAUAAUAAUCAUUAUUAUUAACUAAUUAUUAUCAUUAUUGAUAAAGUCCUUCUCCUUAUCAUUACUGUUAUUUAAUAUUAACAUUGAUCUUGUUGUUUUAAUCUUUCUCCACAUAGAAAGGGUUGGCUAAAUGGGGCCAUAGUUGCUUAUCCUAUGCGAGAAGUGAAAGGAAACUGUGGGAACAAAACAGGAAUCGUAGAGAUCGAUUACGAACGCAAUAGGACAGAAAAGCCAUUCAACGCCUGGUGCUACAAACCUUAA